UUACGUUACGUUCAAUGCGGAAGUGAAGAAGAAGCAGCUUCAUCUCUUCAUUUCCAACACCGAAAUUGGUUACGCCUGUCUACUUUUCACACGGAAUCGAAGAAAGCGGUUUGUCCAUCAUGCUUGGUGGUGCGUUCAAAGGAGAGAGACUUCGAGUCAAUCUCAGACUCGUCAUCAACCGCCUCAAACUGCUCGAGAAGAAGAAAACUGAAUUAGCUCAGAAGGCCCGGAAAGAGAUCGCAGACUACCUGUCGGCAGGUAAAGACGAGCGAGCACGGAUCAGGGUGGAGCACAUUAUCAGAGAAGAUUAUCUAGUGGAGGCCAUGGAGAUUCUCGAGCUGUACUGUGAUCUGCUCCUGACCCGCUUCGGUCUAAUCCAGUCUAUGAAAGAGCUUGAUCCUGGCCUUCAGGAAGCAGUGUCCACUCUGAUCUGGGCAGCUCCUCGUCUGCAGUCGGAAGUCACCGAGCUCAAAAUCGUUUCAGACCAGCUGUGUGCCAAAUACAGCAAGGAAUACGGCAAGCUGUGUAGGACAAACCAAAUCGGAACGGUCAACGACCGGCUCAUGCACAAACUGAGUGUGGAGGCGCCGCCAAAGAUCCUGGUGGAACGUUACCUCAUUGAAAUAGCCAAAAACUACAAUGUCCCGUAUGAACCUGACGCUCUGGUGCGGCCAGAGGUCGGAGAGGAAGCAGACCUCAUAGAUGUGGACAGCGACUUUAAGAAGCAGGGCGGCGGAGGAGGUGGAGGAGGUGGCGGUUUCACUGCACCGGCUACUGCUAUGCCCAUGCCUAUGCCCAUGCCUAUGUCUAUGCCAUCACCCCAAGCCUUCAACUACCCUCCACCCAAAGGAAGUGAGCCCUUCAGUGCUCCUGCUGGCACCUAUGAUGUUGGCUUUACCAAUUUCCAGCCUCCGGUGAGGGGAGGGCAGCCGCCUCAGCUCCCCAGCUGCCCUCCAACCUACGAGUCUAUUGAUGAAUUGACCAUCAAACCCUCUGCUUCUCCCCAGAUUGUCCCAGGCCCUGGUCCAUCUGCUCAGAUCUACGAUAACUCCGUGAUUCCCGAGCUUCCCUCAGUUCCUGACACGCUUCCCAACUCAUCCUUGGGCGGCAGUAACGGCGCAUCAGACGACAUUGACUUUGACGACCUGUCACGGCGCUUUGAAGAGCUCAAGAAGAAGACUUAAUCUCUCACAGCCCCACAUCUGUCCACCUGUGUGUCCAGCUUCAGGAAAAGAGGGAGGACAAAAAAAAAAAAAAGCCCUGGUCAGAUUAUUUACCCAAAAUCUUCAUCUGGAGCAACGUUUUAAUAAUAAUAAUAAUUACUUCUGACAUCAGUGAAACAUUUACCUCAUACAGAAAUAAAAUGCACUGGUGUCUUUCUGGUGGAGGUUAUUUUAAUCCUAACAUCGCAACAUGAAGGAUCUGAUGGAAUCUGAACACCAUAAAUCAAAACUUUUUUUUUUCAUUCAACUAUUACUAUAAUCCGUUUUUUAAGCACUUUCCAUAUAUGGCCUUUCUGUAAUGUAAUCUAUUGUAAUAUAUAUAAUAUAGCUUGAGCAUUGCCAUGCCCAGAUGGUAUGAUGUGAUGUCAUCGUCAAGCCACUUUUUAACUUGGUUAUGAUCAAUCAUUAGGAUUUUUUUUUUCCCCCUGGUUGAAUAAUAAAAUGAUUUAAAUAAUAUUAAUAAGAAGAAAGAUCUAAGCCAACACGUAGUGCUUGUACUAUGUGAAAGUGUUCAAUGAGUCAGCAGUUGUUUUCAGUACAAACAGAAUAGACAGGUUGAACCUGUUGGGACUGAUUACACCCAGUCUCGAGGUUGGGAUUUUAUUUUAUUGUUUUUCUCCCUCCGAGUGAUGUAAUCCACUAUGUGAGCUACGUCACUGCUCAACAGGGCUAAUUUGUUCGAUUUGUCAUGUGACCUGAAUAUCUCUGGAAUGACAUCACUACCUUUGGGAGGGGGGAAAAAAGAUUAAAUUAGCAAAGCAUCACCUGAUGCUGAGCAAGUGAAUUAUUAUGACGUGGUUAUUUCUCCUUAAUGCCAGGACUAUCCUUAUGUCUUUUUUUUCUUUUGGUAAGAUGAAAGUUUUCACACGAGAACAUGGUUUUAACAAAUAACAAACCGACUCACUGGUCUUUAUCUUGGAAGCAAACACUCCCAGUAGUAUUAUUACCUUCGUCAUUUAUAUUAUCAUCUCCUGAUCUGUGGCCUUGCCUUUUUUCUUUUUUCCAUUUAGUUCCAGUUUCUAAAUGUAUAUUAUUUUAUAUAUAUAUAUUUUUUUGGGGUGGUGAAGGGUUUACUUUAGUUUUUUUGUUCUUAGCUUCUGGAAAGUGUUAAUAUUUUCAGCAUACACAAACUUUUUUUUUUUUUUAAAUAGUUCUGAAAUUCUUGACUUGUCUUUUUUUAUUUCCACCCCUGUAACACUACUGUGCAGCAAUGUUUCCCUCCACAUCAGAUAAAGGAGCAAUAUUGGGAGCUUUAGGAGUCUUGUUACUUGUUUAACAUGUAGUGGAAACUUAUGAGAUGCUCAUAUAAUAAAGUAUAUUUGCUCACAA